CACCCUUCCCUUGCCAGAUUUCCUGCCGAGCCCCUUACUAGUAUUCAAAAUCAAGUUGGUCUCCUUCUGCGCGUAAAAAUUGAACAUUUAUAUAUAUCAUUAUAUUCAGAUCGCAUGCAUCAUUCCAGCUUCAACCCCGACCCAGAAAAAAAUUCGGAGAAAGAACACAAAGGAGGCAAUGGUGGUACUACUGGUGGCAACAACAACCGACCCAGCUUCGAUCAACCCGGCCAAUGCCUUGUUGGCGAAGCCCCGAUGGCAGCCCGGACCGCACUUCCAGGAUGACAUGAACAGCUUCGUGAAUCAAGGUGCUAGAGUGUUGCUGCAUGGGAAGGGUAUAGUGGAAGAGGACGAUCUGGACAAGAGGUGGGAGGACAAGACAGGGGAGGUGGUCGAUGAGGUCAUCUUCUUCAGCAAGCACACCGCAGUUUCUAAUAAACCUGCCCUCACCGUUCACCCAAUUGGGGUGCCUCACUUGCGUGAAGGUGAUGUUCCACCUCAAGGUGGAAAACCUGGAUGGGCAGCAAUACCGAGCCCUCGGAUCGGGCCUUGGAUUCGGCAUUUGAAAAAACUUGCUCAAGAUCAUAACCUGGUCCCUGAAUUCGAGAUCACUUUGGAGGCUACUCAUCAUGGGCCAUUGACAAAUAAGCCAACCAUGUUUCUAGAGAUUGGAAGUACUGAAGACUAUUGGAAGAGGCAGGAUGCUGCUGAAGUUAUUGCUCAGUUAGUCUGGGAAGGACUCGGGCUUGGAGGAGGGGCAGAUAUAGGAAACUGGAACAGGGAGAAUGAUAAGAAGAAAAUCCUUCUUGGGAUGGGUGGUGGACAUUAUGCACCUCGGCAUAUGGAUGUAGUCAUGAAAGGCGACGUUUGGGUGGGUCACCUACUUUCUGGAUAUUCCUUGCCUAUGGAUGAUCCAAGCCAGUCAAAAGCAGGAACAGGUGAGAAAGAGAUUGGUGGGACUUGGAGAGCGUCUAUAACUGCUGCUUAUGAGGCCACGAGAGCUGGUUUUCCUGGCGGUGAAAUUAUUGCCCAUCUUGACCACAAGAGUUUCAAGGGCUGGCAGAAGAAUGCCAUAACAGAAUUCCUUACUCGGAAGAAUAUUAAAAUUGGCAAGCCAAAUGACUUCUUUUGAUUUUGAAGGAUGAAUGUUCAAGAAACUGAGUUUCUACACAGCGAAGGUGAAAGCAGGCUGAAGAUUGUAGCAUCCCAGAUUUGCAAUCAUGUUAGAUGAUUUUAUACUGAUAAAUGAAGUAGGAGAUGACUUGGUUUGUCCAGAAAUUCAGGGGUUGUUGAAGCCAGCCAUUUUUUUUCAUCUUCCUCAGUUUAUAUUUCAUAAGAAAAGUGAAGAAUGAGUAGAUUCUUCUCUACAUAGCUGCCACAUGUAGCACUCUUUAGGAAAGAAAAUCUGCUGUACCUGAUUUUACGAUAUAAACUUGCUAUGAUAUGACACAUGUAUUUUUUGAGGGGUGAUAUACUCACAUAUGCCUUUACAAUGGCUGGGAGCCCAUCUUGUAAUUUUUACAGAACCCUGUUAAUUUCAUAUCAUGGAGCUAUGGAAUGAAGGUUAUAUCUACAGUUGCCAAAUA